AAAAUAAUCAAAAUCAAAACAAAAAAAUUUUUCUAAUCAAAAAUUCGAAGAAGCGCCAAAAAAUGUCAAAAUUUUUCCAACUUUUGUAAUUAAUUUAGCUCGAUGAUUAAUUUUUUUUGGUCUAAAAUUGAUGUGCUUUAUAAAGCUAUUCCACAAACAUGAAUGUCGAAGAGUAUAUUUGCCCUAUUUGCCGUGAAAUAUUAUUGGAACCGGUUACAUUGCCUUGUAAACAUACCUCCUGUUACGACUGCUUAGAGAAAACACUAGAUAGUAAUAAAUAUCAAUGCUUCCUGUGCCGAAAAUUCAUCGGUAGUUGGUACAGAAACGCGAGAUUGAAAAAAAAACUUGUCAACGAGAAGUUAUGGAAGCUCAUUCAAGAUAAAUUCAAUGAUUUUGUAGUGAAAAAACGCAACGGAGAAACCAUAGAAAUCAUAUCAACUCAAAUACCUAUCAGUUUGAGUGCACCGGGUGAAAUUAAACAAGAAUUCGAGCAAUGUGAAGAGAAAAUUCAAUCAGAGGUUAGAAUCAAGAAAGAGAAAGAAGAAAAGCUCAGCGAAGAACUAAUCAAACAAUUACAGGAUGAAGAAAACGAACGUCGUAGAGAACAGGAAGAGUUGGCUUUACAUGAUGAACAACUGGCUAAAAUUUUAGCAGAUGAACUGAAUUCUGUUGAGAUUGCUCGCAUGAACGAUGAACUGGCUCAAUUAUCUAAAGAUGAAAAGAUCGCAAAAACGCUGGAAGAGUUGGAACAAAACAGUCCUUAUUCAGGGAAACCCAAGAUAUCGAGAACUUUGGUCAAAAGCAACAAAGAAAAAACACCUCGACGUGUUUCAUUCGGACCAAUGGAUUUUUUCAUAGAAAAAAAAAGACGCAGAGAAGUCUAACGGAAGUUAAUAAUUUUCAAUUUUUUAUACCAUAUUUUACCCAUCAAUGAUAUUUUAAUGAAAUAUUGGAAUACUCUGUUCGCCAUAAUUCCCAGUGAUACUCUAUUUAAUCGUAAGUUGAUAUAAUUUUAAGAAUAUUAUAAAUUUGAGAAUUGAAAAAGUUACCAAUUAUUUUUUUAAAAACUUUUUCAAUGAAUUUUCACUUUAAAAAAAACACGUAUUUUCUCAUCAAUGUAUAUCUUUUUCAUCAUCUAAAAUUCGAGUUACUUUCGAACUGCCCUUCAAUAAAACGCUUCGCACCGAGGUGUUUUAUACGAGUAUUAAAAAUGACGCCCUUGCGAUUCUCAACACUCGAUAAUUUUCCGACUUUUCUGGCCCUGAAAUGAACUCUCGAAUUAUUUCCUUCGAGGGUCAAGGUAUCUUCAAACCUUAACAGAAUGCAUUAAUUUAGUUUCGAACCUGUGCAUUCGCUAAAGCGGUAAAACCACCACGUUAAACUCCGCGACAGGUAACCAACCAUCGACGAAUUGUUUGACCAGCGCACGCGAUGAAGAUUGACCAGUUUUACGAUUAAAUCUGCUGCGAAAAAUUCGCUUUUUCUAAUGUUUUCGCGCGGUUUUUUUGAUAUUUUUAAUAUGAUUUUGUUUAAUUGACGUGGCUAAAGAAUAAAAUUUAUUAUGAUUCGGGAAUAUUAUAAAUGUGAAGUGUAGUUUUGUGUUUUUCUAAACAAAAUGAAGUUAUUUUCGGUUUUUAUACUGCUCUUGUAUCAAAGUAAGAAGCAUCAUUUUUAAUAAUUAUUUUUAAAAUGGUUGAAUGUCUUUUUCUUGAACGUAAAAAAUUUUCCUACUUACAUUAUUCGAGUCAAAUCCAUUUUCAUUGUCUAUAAAUUUUUCACGAAUUUUUGAAAAUGAUUUUUAUCCUACCUAUCUUUAAUUUUUUUACUCUGUUUGUUGUUUGUCGUGCAUAAUUCGUGUUUAAAAUUUUAAUUUUAAUUUAAUAAACAUUUUUAACCUUU